GGCCGUGGCCGUCCUGCUGCUCGGGGUCGUCGUCGCCCUCCUGCCGAGCGCCCGCGCCGAGCCGGGUAUCAGGCGACAGCAUAUCAAUGAUGCUCCUUCUACAGGAUCUUUUCCUAAUUGGAGAUCUAUACUAUCACCAACACGGCCUUCCACAGAAACUAAGACUUCCUCAAUAGCUGAUAUUUCUAUGGGGCAGACUUUGGAGAAUGCAGACUUGCUUCAGAUGAUAAAAACCACGCUGACUGGCACACGUACCAGGACUUUGGAUCAAAUGCAUCUGUUGCCCACUCUGUAUCAAGGCAGUGGAAACAGUGCAUCCCAGGAACCCGCUGAAGUUUCGGCCGAGUCGCCUCUGAGGUCAUCAUCUCAAGAUGCAGAUGAAACAGGUUUGCCUCAACUUGUGUUAUCUGGAAUAUCUUCUGGUGCAAUACCUACAGUAGGAACUUCAGAAGCAAAACCACUAACAAGAAAAUCAUCUCCAGCUUCACCAGUGCCAGCUUCUUCCUUCUUUUCUCUAGGCACUGAAAACACACCUUUGCCAUCUGUGAUGGCUUUAAGCACACCGACACUGACCCUAACAAAAAAUAACACUGCCACAAAAUUGACAUCGGACCUAAGCUCAGUAGGAACACGUGCAGAUUUUCCUUUUGCAACGAGAAACACAACUGCAUCACCUGUGGACGUGACAGCCAUGCUCAUAACCCCUAAAAGCAGCACCGUCACAGCCUCCACACUCGCACCCACAACCCAUGUACCAAGGCAGAUAGAAACCACAGUAACUGACACCCAGAAGUUCCCGAGCUCAGACAUCACCAAAACGUCAACCCCCUACCCACUGACAAUUACAGCAGCUUUGACAUCUAUUACAGCAUCAGCGAAAACAACUAGGCUUCCCCCUACUCCAGUGGAAAACUCCUCUGCUCCCUCUGAAACCACAGCAGCAGUGGCUUUCGCUAACAUGACAGCAGCUCCCCCCCUGGACUGCCGGCUCUCUGACAACCUUAUGGUUAAAACAGUUCUGUUUCUGAACACAAGGAGGAUGAUGAUCAGCAAUGCCUUCAGGGAGAUGGUGAGAAAAGGACUCAACCAGGCGCUGAGACAAGCGUUCAACCAAAACGUCAGUGCUCAGGUUGAAAUCCUGGAGCAAUCGAGUAACCUAACAGUUGGUUACUACGUUACACGGGGGAGGCUGGUUUUCAUCCCAGCUGCUGUCAUCGAAAGGCUCCUUGCCUACGGCAUCGGCAAUGCCACGGCAGACAUCAAGCAGCACGUGCCACAUCUCCAGGCCGUGGUGGCCCUGGCCUUGCCGUGGAAGCCCCUUCCCGCCUACCACUUCCAGCUGAAAACAGAGCUGCAGUUUGUGGGUCAAACAGACAAUAUUCAGUCAUGCAAAUUCAUUCAGACCAUGGAACAGCGACUACAGAGAGCAUUUCAGGAUGCUGAAAGAAAAGUCCUGAACACCAGCAACAACUUAACAGUCCAGAUUUUGAACACCUCCAAUGUCUCCCAAGCUGUCACUCUGUUUUACGUAGUGAACAAUCGAAGCACAACUCUAAAUGGCACUAUUUCCAGCAACCUUCUUAAUCAGCUGUCAGCUGAGCUGGUGGGUUUCUACCUCACCUACCCACCUCUCACCAUUGCUGAAUCUUUGGAGUAUCCAAACCUUGAUGUCUCGGAGUCAACUAGAGACUACUGGGUGAUAACAGUUAUUCAAGGGGUUGAUAUGGCCUUACUGGGGCUGAACAACCAGAGCUUUGCCCGACUGAUGGAGCAGCGCUUGGCCCCGCUGUUCAUGAUGUCCCACCAGCAAGGGAGGCGAUUCAAACGUGCCACCACCGUGGGCAGCUACACUGUGCAGAUGGUAAAAAUUCAACGUAUUCCAGGACCCAAGGAGCCGGCUGAGCUGACAUAUUAUACUUUAUACAAUGGGAAGCCUUUGCUGGGCACUGCAGCUGCCAAAAUUUUGAGCACCGUUGACUCCCAGCGCAUGGCCUUGACCCUGGGCUAUGUCAUCCAAGUCCAAGCUGAUCCCGUGGUGAAGAACCCCCCAAACAACCUGUGGAUCAUUGCAGCGGUGCUGGCCCCCAUUGCUGUGGUUACAGUCAUCAUCAUCAUCAUCACAGCAGUGCUGUGCAGGAAGAACAAGAACGACUUCAAGCCGGACACCAUGAUGAACCUGCCUCAGAGAGCGAAGCCAGUACAAGGCUUUGACUAUGCCAAGCAACACUUGGGUCAGCAGGGAGCAGAAGAUGAAGUUUUGCCUGUAACUCAGGAGACUGUCAUACUUCCACUUCCAGUCAGAGAUGCUCCUGCCUCCCAGGAGAGAGAAAUUACCCAGGAUGGGAGCACCAUCAAAACUGCCAAAUCCAAUGAAACAAGGAAAAGCCGGUCCCCAAGUCAGAAUGGGUCCAUCAUCAGCAAUGGGUCGGGAAAGCCCAGCUCUGGACGCAGCUCCCUCCAGAAAGUGAUGGCACCUCAAAAAGUGACAAAAGACGAAGGAAGGAAAAGAAAUGUGCCCGUGAGCGAUGAAGAGGAAGGAGGCAUUCUCUUUGAUAACAUUGCCAAAUCCACCAUUGACCCCUUCGACACCUCUUCUGGAUCAGUACAGCUCAUAGCCAUCAAACCUGUGGCCCUGCCUGCUGUUCAUGCUGCAUCAGAGAGGAGCCAGGAAUCUGCCAUCAUUAAUGGAGAGGUGAACAAGGCUUUGAAGCAGAAGUCCGAUAUAGAACAUUACCGCAACAAGCUGCGCUUGAAAGCCAAGAGGAAGGGCUACUAUGAUUUCCCGCAGGUUGAUAACAACAAGGGGCUGACAGACAGGAAAAGGAUGUAUGAAAAAAACCAGAAAGAGCUUGACCACAUUUUGGAUCCAGAUGCAGAUGUCUCAUCUCCAUUUGCUGAGCCUAAGAACAGGCAGCCACUGAAGAACUCGGUGUACAGGAGCAGGCAGUCUCUGAACAGUCCUAGCCCAGGAGAAACUGAGAUGGAUCUUCUCGUGACCCGAGAGAGGCCUAGGCGUGGAAUCCGUAACAGUGGAUAUGAUACCGAGCCCGAAAUUAUAGAAGAAACAAAUGUUGACCGUGUCAACGAGCCUCGGAAUUACAGCAGGUCCCGUCAGGCCAAAGGCCACUCGGAGACCUCAACUUUAAGUUCUCAGCCCUCCAUUGACGAGGUUCGGCAGCAGAUGCACAUGCUCUUGGAGGAGGCCUUCAGCCUGGCCUCUGCAGGCCACGGGGGCCAGAGCAGGCAGGACUCGUACGGCUCGGCUCCACACCUGCCCUACUCGGAGGUUGUGACCAGCGCGCCGGGCACCAUGACCCGGCCUAGAGCGGGGGUACAGUGGGUACCCACGUACAGACCAGAAAUGUAUCAGUACAGCUUACCAAGACCAGCUUAUAGAUUUUCUCAGCUUCCUGAGAUGGUAAUGGGUUCUCCUCCCCCUCCUGUCCCUCCCAGGACUGGUCCUGUGGCUGUUGCCUCUCUCAGGAGGUCUACAUCAGAUAUUGGCAGCAAAGUGAGAAUACCUGAGUCCAGUGGAGCAGAUCAGGCCCAACAUCACGAUCAGACAGCUUUUGCACCUGGUUCAAGAGCUCCAAUGUCUGUUGGUCCACUUGAUCAAUCAGCUUUUCACUCAGGAAAUACGGUACCAGCAGUGUUUGCCAUACCAGCAGCAAACCGACCUGGCUUCACGGGCUAUUUCAUCCCGACACCACCCACCGCCUACAGGAACCAGGCCUGGAUGCCCUAUGCUGGAGAGAGUGAGCUGCCAGGGCAGUGGGCAGACUCUGUUCCACUUCCUGGGUACAUCGAGGCUUAUCCGAGGCCCCGCUACCAACACAACUCCCCGUCACGCCUCCCUCGGCAGUACAGCCAGCAGGCAGGCAUGCAUCCCAGCCUGGAACAGGCUCCUCUGCCAUCCACUGCAGCUUCCCAGCAGAGCCUGACGGAGAACGACCCCUCUGACGCGCCUCUCACCAACAUUUCCACGGCUGCCCUCGUAAAGGCAAUAAGAGAAGAAGUGGCCAAACUGGCCAAGAAGCAAACAGAUAUGUUUGAGUUCCAAGUCUAAUGUCUUUUGUGCACAGUGUUUGUACCUUGCAACCUGGGGUAGCCAAGGAAGCGACUGCUUUAAUUUUCAGUUACAAACUCGCUGCGAAUUGAUGGCAUUUUAAUCUGUCUGCAAAGUCAACGCUAUGAAAUGACUUAAAGCAGAGCAACAGGACUCUGAAGAUCUGUAAUCCUGCUUGCCAGCUAAGGAAACGCUGCCAGGAAACUGUUUCGUGUGGAUAAGAUUGACCAUAUGCAAUUGUUUGUCACUUAGCUCUCGUAUUAUGGCCCAUCAUCACCAGAGAUGCUGCUGAACGUGUCUGCUCCACACGAUGUUUCAUUUCAGAGCUGCUGAAAAUAACUUCUGCAUGUCAAAGCUUUGAUUAAAGAAGAAAAUGCCACAGAAUGUGGUUGGCUAAAGGCCAUGGUCGGUGUGGUGGUGGCCCUGGUAAUUGUUUGCUGCAGGACAUUGUAUAAGGGAUGCUGAUCUCAGCAAUGGGGAGUCAUUCAGCCUUUUCAUUCCAGAGACUGCAUUCAAAGCAGAAGAAUUCAAGAUGAGUAAGUAAUACAAAUAAAUGUCCUGUAAAUAGCUCCGAUUCUCCUCAUCCUAUUAACAGUACAAAGAAGUGAAACAAGAGAGGGCUGUGAAGAAGGUGAAUGAUAUUUUGAUAAUUGGUGGCUACCUUGUCCAUCAGUGCCACCAAUUAGUUAUGGAGGAGACUUUUUUCAGCAGGAGAGAAUACAGUGCACGAAGGGCCAACAAAGGAUAUUGGUGCUAAAAGCUUCCAAGAGAAAUGAAAAAAGGUUAUUCGCGUUUGCUCUAUAAUCAGACUUUUCACUCUGAAUGCAUGUGAAGCUGGUAAACCUGAGACCUUUAACUUUUUCCAACCUGGAAAAAAUGAAUACACCUGCUUGGACAAGAAAACCUCUGUUCAACACAGUUCUUUUUUUCUCUUUCUUAAACAAUGCUAUCUACUAAAGUGAUGCCAGAAAGUGCUACCCGAAGCUGCAGCUGAUGACACUGGAACAGUGAAUGCGCACCCAGGAAGUUCUGAAUGUAGAGGACCUAAUUAUUAUAUUAACAUGUAAAUAAUUUAACAGUUACAUGGAUUAACAAAAAUACUAAUGUUCUGUGAAAAAGAGAGCAUUGCCAGAAAUUAUGCUGACUUUAUAUUGUGCAAGAUAAAGGUCACUGGUUGUUAAACUGCACUGUGGUAUGAAUCCAAUCCCAAAAGAACAUCAAACCGGUUGAAUGGGACAGCAGUUAAUAUUUUGCAGUUGUACAAACUAGUUGGAGAUCAUGAAAAAUUGUUUUCAGUUCCUUCAGCAGUUUAGCUUUGGGAACUGAAGAUGUUGCAAAAUUUGUUGUGUUGGGCGUGUUUGAUGUCAACUGGAAUUAAAGGUAAUGUCCUUCAUUUCAGUAAGUUAUUUAGUUAUUCUCAAUUACUAUUUUGUCUGAUCAUUUCAUUUCCCUGAGUUUCUUUGGUCUUUACCGAUGUGAGAAAGGGAACUUGGUUUAGCUUUUUGGCCACCAGUAAACUGAAAGAAGGAGAGAGAAGACUAGAAUACAGGAUAGAAGCAGAAAUUUGAUAAAGCACAAACUUUUAAAGCAGAGCUAUUUUUCCCCUUAUAAUGAUAUUACAAACCCUUACUGAGACUGUGAUACAUAGUUAUCCUAGAAUAUACAGAUAUCUUCUGCUCCAAUACCUUAAAUAUUGCAGAAGCCUUUGGAAUGCUAGUUAAUCUUUCAAUAAAUGUGAAAUUUCAUUUUUAUUAUUUAAAAUCAGAUAUAAAUAAAAUGUAUUUUUGUAAUUUGUAUGUAUAUAUGUGCUGUAUAUUUUAAUAAGUGACUAGUCUGCUAUAGUCAGAAAAUUUCCAUAAACCGAGAGGAAAAAGAAGAAGAAAGGAAAAAACCUGGUAAUUUUAAUGAUUGAUUUAAACAUGCUAUGUCUGGAGUACAAAAAUAUAUAUUUGGGUGACUUGGAUACUAAACAACCAAAGAAACUCAAUCUUUCAUAUCAAUACAAGUCUAGAAAAGACCAACUGCUGUCUCAGUUACCCGUCAGCCAAGUAAUACUGAUCUCAUCAGUGUAAUAGAAUACAGCCAAAUUGUGUUGAAUUAAUAGCUGCCUGAGAACAUCACACUUUAGAAUAGCAACUUAAAAAUACUGGGCCAAACUCAAUGUGCCAUAAAAGGGCUUGUUCUGGUUGUCUUCAGUGGGAGCUUCACGCACUGAGAGCAAGGCUGAGUUUCUCUUUUGGGCUAGGUCUAUACACAGGAAUUUCACUAGAACCCCUUGAACAGGAUUCUGCUUAUUUUCCUGUCAUUUGGAUCACUGUAACUUAAGUGCAGACAUAAUGGAAGAGCAGCUCACUUUUAUUUAGCUUAAGCUGGUUCAUAACUGGCUUAACCUAACUUGGGAAGCGAAAUCCACUCCAAGUCACAUCAGCCACAUCUCGCAUCAGCUUUAUUAUCUCAGUUUUUCAAUGAAUCUUCUAUUUAGCCCAGUGAAAUUUUGCAAGUAAAUAGGCCCUUCUACGCAAUGGGAGUGAAAUGAGCUGUGAAAUAAAUUUCUGUAUCUCAGACUCCUGUUUUGUAGCAUUAUCCUAAAGCUGCAACUCUGGAAGCAGCAGCGAUCACGUGGAUGGACGCGCUGAAGCCACAGAGCUGGGAAGGGUAAUGUUAUGAUGUAUUCCCAAAAAAAAGUCACAGGAGGUAGGACAUACCAAUUUUAGACACCAUCUUUGGGACACUCAGCUCUGUGUGUAAAUCUGUUCCCACUCUUAAAUUUUAGCGAGUUAACAGUUCUGUCUAAUAUAUUUUACAUGAUAAAUCAUAUAUCUUGCCAUACUGGAAAUUAAAAAUUCUGGCAAUUACAGAGAUGUACAGGGUUUGAGUGCCUGUAGAAAACAGAAAAACCCCAAAUAAAAGCAUUUAGAUAGCCUUCUAGAAAGAAAAAACAUUUCAGUAAAGUUAAACAAAGUACUCUUCUACUAAGGAAGACCUGUUAGACUUUUAAAAUUAAUUUUGUUUGGUAUUGUUAUCAAUGAUGUGCAGUCUAUUGAACAUUUCCUGAACCAUCACUCUGAAACCAUUAUGGUGCACUUUAUUCACAAAACCAUCUUACCUUCUUCAUUCAUAAUGCCUUUUUAUCCUGUUUGUAAUAAGUUUCUGUAUUUUUUUUUUAAGUACAAAGUAAGAUGAUAUCAAGACAGUAAGGACAUUCCUGGGAAAGAAAAAUCAUGCUGUAAUAUCUAUACUGUCUGAGCACAAAGCAAUGAUAAAGUGAAAAUAUAGUGUACAAAUAAUUUGUAAUAUAAUAAACAUUUUGUAUGGCUACAAUUACAAUAUAGUUUUUCAAUACUGAUUUCAAAGAAGAAAGUAUUUGUGUUUAAAGUUAUAUCCUCAUUCGAGUAUAUCCAUGCCAUUUUUACUGAGAGAAGCGUAGUAAUUUAGGUUUUUCUACUUAAUGCCCCAGUUUUAUUUAAAAAUAUGUCAAAUGUUUAGGUGAAAAUACUGUUUUCUGUGUACAAAAAGUGUUGCUCUUCUGACCACUCUUUGUCUUCAGAUUUGUAAAUCAUCAGUAGAAACAGCUGCAGAUGAAAUGCACGUAUAAUUGCUUCUUGGUAUCUGUGUACUGACCACUUUCAGUUGGUAAAUUAUGUGUGAUAUUUCCUAACAUAAAUAGAACAGUAACUUUAAGAGGAUAAGAGGGUACUCGUUGACAGUAAUUUUUUGAGAAGACCAUAUUAUCUGGAUUUGAGAGAACCUCUAGCACUCAGUCUAGAAAUAUGAGUAAUAUUUGUAUCCAAUAAUAUUAUGGGUAGAACUUGAUAGAAGUGCAUGAAAAUCCUAUAUAAAGAGAUGGGGACAUUAUCUUACGUAGUGAUUAUUUCUUUUUCAGACUAACUUUGAAAAUGUGAGCUGUAAGAAAUGUAAGAUAAAAAUGAGAAGCAAGUAGAAAAAGCAGCAUUGGAUUGAGUGGCAGAACUGUUUUGUUUAAAGGCUGAUACAUACAAAGCUGACCACAGUUUUCAUUAUAUUUCAAGAUGUCUGACUGUUAAACUAUUAAUUACAUUUUAAAGUAUGUUUUUUAGUCCUGCAUUGCCAAUGUAAGAGUUAACUGCCAGCUUCUAAAAGCUGAGGGAGCUUGAAAGGAGCAAGUUUACUGAGCUAGCAGAAGUCACAUCAUUUUGCUGACCCUGUUCAUCCUGUGCAUUCUGGGCAGUUGCAAACACUGUGCCCAGUAACUUAUGGUCCUGGCCUUGCAUUUCUUGUACAUGAACAAAUCUCAGUGUCUUCCUUGCUGACUGAAAUGGGAUGGGAAAAACAAGUGUGAGACAAUCUGAAGGCUGUUAACAGGUCAGGAGUACCUUAAGGGUUUGGAAGCCGUGGACCUUCUGUUGUGCGUUACUCGUACCUACAGAAAAUGGUUGUGUUUGGCAGCUGUUCCCAGCAAGGUGCAUUCCUUGAUAUGACUGAUAUGCAUAAAUUAACAGUCCUGUCCCAAGAGGACAGGAUUCCUGCUUCCACACCUUUGUGUAAGCCAUAUGCAUUCUCUGUGCAGCUCCACGUGAGAGAGUGCCAUAAUUAACAUCAGUGGUUUCCAGUUACUCAAAGCAAUCUCUUGUAAUAAAAUACCAAGUUGCACGGAAUCCUUGUUUUACUGCAUCAUUAGGAGGAGGAGGGAGGAGAGUAGGGAGGAAGAAAGAUGUGGUCAUACAGUAUGCAGACUUUAUAACAGUGCUAAAUGGAAUCACUAUCUCAAGUGGUAACUUUUUGUGUUAGACUUUCUUUUCAUCAGUUAUUUUUUUUGGCCAUAACUCCAGGACUGAGUAACAUUUUUUUUAUUAUUUUUUUUUUAAAGCUUAUCAAAAUAGCUCAAAAUUAGAUUUUUCCAUUUAAAGGAUAAGGUUACUCUUAUAGAAUGCUUUUUUCAAACUUUCGCCUUUCUCUCGUACAUAAAUAAUGCAAGACUCAACUUGUGGAAAUGAGAUUUAUAUAGGUCAGUGAAUAAAUUGCAUUCUGACUUACUCUUUAAAAGAGACUUUCAAGAUGGCCAAGUCCUAAAGGCAAGGCUGGUUAAUACUGAAGAAUCUCUACUGAGGAAAAACUGCAUUGCACAUCCUUGAUCAAAAUUGUUUUGCCCCACAAGUGAAAAGCAAUCAGAAAACUGGGCAUCUGGUGAUUCCUGUUACUCAGGAAACUUUUUGCUUGGGUUUUGUAUAAGACAUGGGAGAUGAGACAGAGAUUUUGAGGGGGUUGUGAAAUGGAUAGACAACCCUGUGGAACACAUUUGCCCUCUGAAUAACCCUUAAUACCCACAGACAUAAAAACUACAGCCACCAAAGUGGUGUGGCAGAAAGGUGGUUUAGGUCCUGAUUUUAAAAAUAGUUGAAAUGCCCCCGAAUCAUAUAAUAUUUCAUGCUUUUAAAAUCACCUUAAGACCAUAUUCUUAUGAGUUUUGUGUCAUACUUGCAUAUAUCUAUAUGUGUCUGUCCAAAAAUAUUUUUUCAAAACUCGUUUUAUUUGUCCAUCUCUUUGUCCCUAUUUAUUUCAGGUUCCUUAAGGUGUAUGGAGACAGUAAUGAAGAGUUUGAUCUCAGAGUUGUUCUGUUAGAUGAGAAAUAGGUUUUAAAUAGGUGGUCAAAUGUAUAGCAGACGUCUUGAAAAUAACUACAGAUAUCGUGGUGUUCCAGAAAUUUGAUAUUUUUUUUUCAUUUAUUAAAAAUAAUUCUUGUUUUAAGAAGUGCCUGACUUUUCAUGAAUUUUUCAUGCUCGAUUGAUUCCCAAGGAGUAGCUUGGAACUCUAUUGCAUUCUGUAAAUAAUUUUGUAACUUUAUAAACACGCAUUUUACCUGUGAGGCAAUAAUGGCUGCAAAGGAUUGUAAAUCAUAUGGGCAGUUGAUUCCACUGAGUACAAUAUUUAGAAAGGAGGUGAAUUUCUCUUCCAAAGUAUGCUCCUUUUCACUGCAGCUCAGUGCAUUUCUGUGCUUAAACCAGUGUCUAAACACCACAACAAACACUGACAUCAGUUAAAAUCUCUUUUAUCUGGCAAGGAGCACUGACUUUUGCAGCCCCAGUGGGACCUUGUAAAGAGUGCCUGUGUAUAACUUCAAGUUUUUAAGCUAUUAAACCAGAAACUUGUGGGUCCUGAACUCUGGCUUUUGGCAUGGAAUCAGUGGCUUUUAGGUCCUGUGUCACCAGCAAACUUAACUAAUAGAUUCCUUGAGAUGUGAUGCAGCAGAACACAGCACCCUAUGCCAGGGAUCCACCAGGACCUAAAAAGCAAGUUACUGUGGUAGAAGAAUAGGUAGUAAAUCUUGCAUUUCAGCAGUGGAUGGACACUAAGUGGUUAUGAAUUGAUUAUUAUGGCAGGUCAAAAAGUCUUGAAGUUAACUGCUUUGAAUCAGUUUAUGUAUUUGGUUAGCUUUUGAUUUCUUCAUUUGUUAACACGGUACAAAAUGAACAAUAUUAACAGAAUUAACAAUAUUAAUUCUAUUUCAGACUUUUAAACUUGGGAGAUCUGAAUGUAAGCAAACUUGGAAGUUUAUUCUCUAUCCUUGUCUCUAUCUACUACUUUUCACAGUGCAGUUAGGAAAAAAAAAAACAAACACUUUACCCACCAAAAAAUUAAUUUUAGUGUUUCUUUCUAUGGCAGAGAGACUGGGAAUGCUUUUUCAUUUCACGUUGGUGUUGAGUUUUCAAACUGUAUUCAGUGUCAUAUUUGAUAGGAAAAAAAUGACAGUGAAGCCAAAAAUUUUGGAAAAUAGGAUAGAAACCCUCUUACUGAAGCUUAAAUUUUGGGUUAGGAUUUAGCAACCCAUCAGGAACAGCUCAGGCCCAACAAAAGAGUCCGUUCUGGGCAGUGCUUUGGAUCUCAUUAGAAAGCACAGAUAUUCCUAUGCUCUUUGACUUUUUAUUUUCACUUAACGUCUUUCUUGCUAUUGCUGUGCAUUCUGAAUUUGACUUUUACAUUGGUGUACACAAAGAGGUGCACUCUUUACCUCACUGGUAUGCUGCUGGUGUGAUAGAAGUAGUAACCAACACAUGUGACAGAAUUUUCAAGUAGCUGUGGCAUUGCCUGGCUUUGGCCCGUGUUCUGCUUUGUGACAAUUACAGAAAUCAUUAUUAAAGCAAAACGUGAGUAUAGAUAACACCUUCCACUGAAGUGAUUGGCAAAACACUUGCUCACUUUGAGGAGAACAGGACUGAUCCAGUAAUCCCUCAGCAAAUUAGCCAUCACAAGGAUCUUAAAGUUGUGCAAAGAGAGAAAAGAUGCUUUCUGGUUAUGGGGAGAUCGGAGGUCACUUGAUUUUUGUUCAGGAUUUCGGAUUGGCCCUGGGCAAGGUGCUUAAUCUGACUGUGCCUCAGUGUCUCAUCUGUAAAGCAGGGUGAAGGGACUACCCCUCCUCACAGCCCUGCUGAAACCCUGGAGUGCAAGUGGAUACUUUAGUAUGAAGCACUAUUGAUUAUUUCAUGGAGCUUUGGUAAUUGUUCAAGGCUAUAUCUGGUAGCAUUUAAAUAGAUGUGAAUUUACAAGAAAACCCCCACCUCCUGAUAAUAUUUCAGUAUGUUCUAGGAAACCUUUCCAGUAACAGCCUCUGCACUUUUUUUACAGAGAUUUACAGAAUUUAUAUCAAUAAAUCGCCUCACUUCCCAUGCAACAGAUCUCACUUUCCAAGGAAAUGAACUUUUCUUACAUUUUUGAAUUAUGGAAAGGACUAGCUCUGCAUGAUUACAAAUAUCCAUGUCAACUUUGGUGUUCACAGCUUGAUUCAACUAAACUGUAAUGGCUGUGUCUGUGAAAUUUGCUCAAAAUUUAUGAGUGUUUCAGCUGUAAAUGGGAAAACUAGUUUUCUGAAGCUGCAAAAUUGAGAGUUAAUUUAAAGCCAAGUCUAGAAGGGAUUCAAAUGAAA